AUGGAGAAGAUACUUGAACGCUAUGAGAGGUACUCUUACGCCGAGAGACAGCUUAUAGCACCCGAGUCCGACUCCAACACGAACUGGUCGAUGGAGUAUAAUAGGUUAAGGCUAAGAUUGAGCUUUUUGGAGAGAAACCAGAGGCACUAUCUUGGGGAAGACUUGCAAGCAAUGAGCCCUAAGGAGCUCCAGAAUCUAGAGCAACAGCUUGAAACUGCUCUUAAGCACAUCCGCUGUAGAAAAUAUAAUGUGUGCGCAUAUUUUAUUGAACCAACUUUGUACGACUCCAUCAAUGAGCUCCAAAGAAAGGAGAAGGCCAUACAGGAACAAAACAGCAUGCUUUCCAAGCAGAUUAAGGAGAGGGAAAAGGUUCUUAAGGCGCAACGGCAAUGGGACGAGCAGAACCAUGGUAAUAAUAUGCCUCCGCUUCCACCCCCGCAGCAGCAUCAAAUCCAGCAUCCUUACAUGCUCUCCCAUCAGCCAUCUCCUUUUCUCACAUGGGGUGGGCUGUAUCAAGAAGAGAUCAAAAUGGCAAUGAGGAGGAACGAUCUCGAUCUGUCUCUUGAACCCGUUUACAACUGCAAUCUUGGCUGCUUUGGCGCAUGA